AUGAGUUCUUAAGAAUAUGAAGGUUUUAGGUUAAUAGAUGUUGAUAGUUUUUAUUUGAAGAUUAAGUAAUUUUAAGAUGGCUAAGAUUUUAUUAUUUUGAAUGAGUCAUGCAUUUAAAAGGUAAGAUGAGAAUUAUUAAUAUAUAGAUGGCUUAAAAUGACUAAUGGAUAGAUUGUUUAGGUGAUUUAGAAAUAGAAUUAAAAGCAAUACUAUAUGACAGAGUUAUCAAUAUAUCUAAUUUACCUUAAUAUUUAAGUCAAAGAUUAUAACCAUUCAUUAUAUAUAUUAUGAACAAAAUGUAUUAUAAUUUCUAUCAAUUAGAAUAUUUGAUCAUAAACGAUUGAAGUUGCAAUGUUAUCUAAAUGAGAUCUUGCAUUUGAUAUAGAAAUUGAUAAUUAAGAAAUGGAAUAUGUAUCCUACUUAAUUACUUGAAUUCUUGAAAUUAAUUCAUUAUAAUUCGAUGAUAGAAUUCUACAAUAGUAGAAUUUCAGAUUUAGAAGUUUAUAAAUCUACCAUCAAUAAGUUCUAUUAUGAAAGAUAGAAAUAUGGUAUAAUUAAUUAGGCUGAGAGUUAUCUUAAUUAACAGGAAGUUGAAAUAUUUUAUCCACUUCAAAAGGAAGUUCUCGAUCAACGCCAUUUAGACAAGAAUGUCCUCAUAUUCUCACCAUUUCAACGUAUGCAAAUUCAUUACUUUUAUAAGAAUGGUGGUUUUGAACUUCUAAAUGAAUCUUUUACUAAUUUUACACUCAAACAGAUAGAGGUUUUAUGUAUUUAAGGUUAUUUAAAAAAAUAUAUUGAUAAAUAAUUAUAUAUGAAUUAUUUUCAACAUCUUAAUUAUUAAUAGAUUGCUUUUAAAUUAACUGAUGAAGAUAUCAAAAAUGCUAGCAAAGAAAAUAUAGAAUAAUUUAAUUUAUAUAUACAAAAUCUAAUAGAUUUUAAGAGUACAUAACAAGAGAGAUAAAAAGAAAUAGAAUAAAUUUAAAUGUCCAUAUAUUUGUAAUGUUUUCGUUGUUCAUCACUUCAGAAACGUAUUUUUGGUAAUUAGCAUAAAAUGUAUUUUAUUAGGAUUGUAAUAACUUUGUAAAAAGAUUAACACUAAUCAUAGUAAUAUUCAAAAUUACUAGAACAAUUAAACACUCUUAAAUUUUCUAAUAGAGAAUCAAGUAUUUUAAGAUUUAUUUGGAGAGAAAACCCACCUUGAAUUGAUUAAAGGUUCAUUUCCUUUAAUUAAAUUUCUUUAUUAGAAUAAAAGUAUAAAAGGAGAAGAAUUAAUUAGUAUUUUAAGAUUGGCCAGAGGUAGACAUGAAACUUGGAUUAAUAUAAUUUCAACAAUCUUAUAGGAUCUUGCAGAAAUAUUAAAUUUAGAAGAUAUUUAGAUAAUGUUAUAAAAUAUAUACUUAAAUUAAAUAGGUUUAGAUAGUCUAAAAUUCAUAAAAAGUUUAGGUAAAAAUAAGUAUUUAAAUAAUUAUUCUGAAGAUUAAGACUAAAAUAUUAUUGAUAAUAGGUAUAAAAAAUAAAAGCUUAAUGCUGAUGAUGAUUGUAAAGUGAUAUCAUAUGGAAAUUUUAGUGAUUAAAAAUAAGAUAGAAAUCAUGUUUCAUAAAUAAUCUAAUCUUAAUAGACAAUGAGACAUAAAGAAGAAUAAAUUAAAACUUAAAUUGUUGAAUACUUAUUAAAUUUAGUACAUGAUUAACCUAAUAACAUUAUAGGUCAGACUGCAUUUGAAAUUGCAAUUGAACUUAUAUGUCAUUAAUUUCAAUUUCUAAGAAUCUAAUAUCUUAAUAUAGCUAUAGAAGCAUUAAAUUCUAAUCAAGAUUAAUUAUCAAUUUAUUUUAAUAUGAUUCAAUAAAUUAUUCAAUCCUCUUAUCCAAUUGAACAAUUCAAAAAAUCUGAUGAAAUUUUGAUUUGGAUGGAGGAGAAAUAUAAUUUAAAAUUAAAUUAUUUAAGAUUGAUGUUAAGAUAAAAAUUAAAAUUUCUCAUAAAAGAGGAAAGUGUAUAUUUAAAGGUGAUUAUUUAAUGUGUUAAUUUCUAUAAAUUUUUACAUAAGAAUAGUAAAAUUAAUUAAAUUGAAUUAUAGAUAUUAUGGAAAUUGCUUGUAGAAAAUGCAAGAUAUUUAGAAGAAAGAGAUUUAUUUUUUGAUUGGUUUAAUGAAUAAUUAAAUUUAGAGAAUGAUGCAAUGGAAUGGUUAUUUAUUAAAAUAAUUAAAUAAAAUCAUUUAUCACAAUCAAUGUUAAGAUGUUUGAUAAAUUUGAUUCUAUAUUUUAAUAUAAAAUAUAAGGUAAUUAAAUUAUUGUAUGAUGAUGAAUAUCAAUUAUUUGAUCAUAAUCUAAUAGGUCUCAAUAUAUUAUGGAAAAUAUUUCACUCUCAACCUGAAUUAUAUAAUUAACUCUAUGAUUUCUUUAUUAAAUUAUUAAAAAUGAAUCAAAAACCUAAUAUACUAAAUAGUUUGAAAUAGUUAUAUUUAAAUGAACUCUUUUCAUGUAUUCAAAAUCCUACUUCUAUCUAAUUUGUAAUACAAUUAUUAGAAGAAUUUGAAGGAUUUAAAAUUAUUGAAUAAGAAGAAAAGAUAUCAAUAACAAUUCUUAAUAACUGUUAAAAUGCCUUGAAUCCAAAAAAAUAAGAUAUUCAAUUAUAAUGUAAUUUAUAAGUUUACCAAGCUAAAUAAAUAAUAGGAUAAAAAUUAAAUCCUUAAAUGAGACCAGAAGAAUUUGAUAUCUUUUGUAGAGGUUCCUUAUUUAAAGAUCAAAAUACACUUAAAGAUUACAAAGUAAAUUAGAAUUUGACAUUCACAAUUUCAAAUAAAUAUGAUUUUUAUUAAGAAGAUGAUACUAUUUAAUAAGAAAAUUAAGAUAUAAAUGAGAAAAUAAACAAGAUUUAAGAUAUUGUUAACAUUUAAAAUAAACAAUUUAUAUUAUCAGUAUUAAAGGAUAAGAAUUUCAAUGUAGAUACUACAAUAGGAGAAUUAAUUGAUCAAGGUGAUUAAUUAUAUAUCUAAUAUCAAUAGAAAAAUAUAAGUAAAGCUCCUCCAAAAAAAAUAGAAACAAGUACUUCUUUUGCAGCAAUAAUUUCUAAUUAAUAUAUAGAUUAAUUAUUUAACUUAUUGAAUUACAACAAUCAAUAAAUAAAUGCUAAAAUUUGGAGUAUUUUAUAGAUGAUUCCUUGUAAUCCAAAAGUAUAUUAAUUGAUUGAAUAAUCACAAAAGGAUUGGAGUAAAUUGUUAAUUGAUGAUAACAAAUAUAGAUUACAAUAUCACUUAUAAAUAUUAAAGGAAUAAUUGCUUUUUGAUUUUGUAGAAGAUUAGGAUGUUUAUAAAAUAUUGAGAUAAAAUUUCUUAUCUAAUGGUGGUUUACAAUUAUUAUUAAAUAAUCUUGGUAAACCUAUAGAAAUAGUACUUAUUAUAUUAGAGAUAUUUCAAAUGUAUUUAAAUAGUCAUGCUAUUAAUGAACUUAAAGAUUAUAAUUAUUCUAUGCUUCUUAAAUUAAAAUCUGUAGAUUAAAUUAUUAGUUUAUUUUCUCCUUAAAAUUAAAUAUAAGAUAAUCAAUUUUAAUAAUCUAAAUCAUUUUAAGUAUUUUAUUUUUGUGAAAAACUUGAUUUUUAAAUCAACUGGGAGAACUUGUUAAAUAAUUUAUUUAAUUGGAUAGAAAUUGAAUAAUGUUACACUAUAAUACUCUGUUUACUUUAUGUUAAACCUAAUUUAUUGAAUUACCCAUUUCCAAUCAAUUAAUUGCUUAAUUAAUUGAAUAAUUCAAAAUUAGAACAAAGAAGAAUGGCAGCUAUAUUUAUACUUACAUUAAAUGAUAUAUGCAUAAAAAAAAGACAAAAUUUCAGCAUCAAAUACUUACCAAUACUGAUACAAGGACAAACUGAAUAUGAAGAGUUGUUUAUUGUUAUUGCAGAAUUAAUAGAUUAAACCUAUGAUAUAUCCUUUUUGUAAACUAAAGAAUUAGUACUAUAAAUUAUAGAUUUCAUAAAAAAUAGAGAAAUAAAUGAAUCACCAUUUAUUGAAAAUGAGGAUAAAGUCUUAUAAGGUAAUUUAUUAUUAUUAAAAACUUUAUUAAAUAGGGAUAAUUAAUUAUCAAUUAAUUUAAUUGAUAUUGAUUUCUCUAAAUAUAUUUUUGAAUGUUUGUUUGAAAUGAAGAACAAUUAUUCUAUUUAUCCAGUAUAUAAAAGGAAUAAUACAAGAAAGAGAGCUUUUGAUUUAUUAUUAGAAUUAAGUAAAGUCUAAAAUCAUUUAAAUCAAAUUCUAUAUUUAAUUUAAAUAAAUCAACAGAAAAGACCUAAUUUAGAAGAAUCUAAUUUUGAUUAUGGUAUAAAAGGAUCACAUGGAUAUGUAGGUCUUUAAAAUUUAGGAGCUACUUGUUAUAUAAAUUCACUUCUAUAGUAAUUGUUUAUGAAUAUUCAUUUUCGAAAAUGUAUUUUAGAUGUAUAAAUUCUAAAAUAGAGCAAUCAUAAAAUAAGAAUAAUAAAAAUAAAUGAUGCUAAUACUAAUUAAAAUAUUAAUCUAUGUUAAGAUCCAUUAUAUUAGUUAUAAUAAGUUUUUAUUCAACUUUAAGAAUCAGUAAAAUAAUAUAUUAAUCCAAAUUAAUUUAUAAAGACAUUGAAAGGUUUUGAUGGAUAAUAAAUUAAUCCUUUAAUUUAAGAGGAUUGUAAUGAAUUCUUUAAUUUGUUAACAGGAACAUUAGAAGAAUAUUUAAAACCUACACUUUAAUCUAAUUUAAUAAAUUAAAGUUUUGGAGGUACUUUUGUAAAUGAAAUAAAAUCAUUGGAAUCAGAUUGUGAUUUUAAGAAAGAAACAGAAGAACCCUUUUUAACUGUUUCUGUUGAGAUCAAAAAUAAAAAGAGUUUAUAUGAAGCAUUAGAUUUAUUUGUUAAAUCUGAUGUUUUAGAUGGUGAGAAUCAAUAUUUUUGUGAUGAAGUAUAACGUAAAAUUGAUGCUGAGAAGAGAUGUUACUUUAUAAAAUUACCUAAAACAUUUAUUUUCCAUUUAAAAAGAUUUGAAUUUGAUAUUGAUACUAAUACUCGUAAUAAAAUUAAUGAUUAUUGUGAAUUUCCAUUAGAAAUCAAUAUGUUCUAAUGGACUCGUGAUAAUAUUGUAGAACAUAAAUAAUUAAAUGAUUUUACAGAUUAUAAAUAUGUAUUGAAAGGUGUUCUUGUUCAUACAGGAAAUGCUGAAGGAGGUCAUUACUUUUCUUAUAUAAAAGAUCAUAACAAUUAAUGGUUUGAAUUCAAUGAUAAAUUGAUUACUCAUUUUGAUGUAUAGAAUUUAAGGGAGAAAUGUUUUGGAGGUAAUUAAAAUAAUGAAUGGGGUAUAUAAAAUAGCAAGAAUGCAUAUAUGUUAUUUUAUGAAAAAUAAGGUGUGAUUUAAGAAAAUAAAUAAAAUCAUAUAGAAAUUGAAAUUGAAGAUUUAUCAGAAAAUGAAUAAUUUUUAAAAUAAUAAAUUAGAAAAGAAAAUACUAAAUAUAUAGAAAAUAAAUUAUUUAAUGCUUAAGAAUAUGUGAAUUUUGUUUAAACACUUGUAUAAAGUGGUAUGAAGAAUUAUCAAUUAGAAACAAGUUUAGAAUUACUUUAAUUAUUUACUACAUUCACUUUUUCUUAGUUUCUAAAGAAUAAAGAUAUCUUUUAAUUUAAAAAUAACCUUAAAAUUCUCAAUAAUUUUUAUAAUCAAAAUAAUUAAGCUUGUGUAUGGUUACUUGAGUAUUGGAGAUGUAAUAAAUAAAUAUUGAUUGAAUGUUUAAUUGAAUAUGAAUCAAUUGAAAGUCUUUAAUUGAUAAAUUUCGUCAUUGAUUAGGCUUAACUAUUUGAUCCUUUUAAAUUAUAAAAAUUCUUUUAGUUUUAUUUGAGUGAAUUAUUACCUAUUGUAAGAAACAAUAACAAGAAUAGAAUAUGUUAUUAUAGAGUGAUCAGUUAUUAUUUAGAAAGGACUGAUGUUUUAUUUAAUUAGAUAUAUUAAGAUCGUUAUUUCUAUAUAUUUUAUGAAAUUUUAAAAGAGAGAAUACAAUAAAUAUAAACUAAUAAUUAUUUCAAAAUAAUAUUAUAAAAUGAAGAUUCUCUUAUUAUAAUUUGUGAGAUUAUAAGUAAAAUAAUUAGAUGUUGUGAGACAAUUGGUAUGUAAUCCAAUAAAAUUUCUCCAACAUAUAUAUAGAUUGGAUUAUUAAAUUAUAAAAUUGAUUAAUUAUGGAUUGAAGAAUUGUUUUAAUAAAAUUAAUUCAGAAAGUAUAUCUUAUCCAUGGUAUAACAUUAAAAUUAAUUGAUUUUUAUGAUUCAACAUAUAUGUUGGAAUGAUUAAAACAUUAGUCAAAAAGUCAUUUAAGAAAUUGUUAUGUAAAUAUUGGAUGAUUAAAAUUAAUGGUAAUAGUUGGAGAAGAUAAGUUAAAUAUUAAUAGAAAUCUUGAACAUAGAAGAUGGAUUAUAAGAGAAUAGAAUUAGAUGGAUAUUCUAAUAUGAAAAUUUUAUGGAAUCAUCAAAAAGAGGUACAACUAUAUUAAAUACUAUCUAAAAAGAUGAUCUUGAUUAUGUUAUAGGAAUUAUAUGUAUGUUAGCUGAAAUAGGUAGUAAAGUUAUUAGUUUCUCUCAAUAUUUAAAUACAAAUAAAAUGGAUUUCGAAUAUUUAUUAUAUAAAUUAAAAGAUAUCUUAUAAUAAUAAUUUAAUCACUUUUAAUAUCCAAUUUAAAAGAUGCAAACAGCCAUAAAAUAGGUAAUUUAUUUUUUUAUCAUUAGUUUCAAAAUAUCUUAUAAUUAUAAUUUGAUAUCAAUAUGGAUGAUGAUAAUAGAAGAUAAUUAGGAGAAGAAUCUUUAGGUUAAGAUAGUAAUUAAGCACAAUAUGAUUUAGAAGAUACUAAUCAAAUUUCUGAAUGA